CACAUUUUCCUUAUAGCUUCACUUGCUUCCACAAUGGCUUUCUCUCUCUAUUAUGAUCAAUCUCUAAACUCUUGAAUCUGCUAAUUUUGAGAAAUGAAGUUUAUGAAACUUGGAUUAAAUCCAGACACCUUUUACACAGAUGAGACAACGAGGACUUUGCUAUCAGAUGUGCCAACUGACCUCACCAUCAGGAUAGAUGGCAUGACCUAUCUUCUCCACAAGUCUUGUCUUGUUCCAAAAUGUGGCCUAUUGCAAAGGCUUUUCUCUGAGAGAGACGAAAACGGUGGGAGCAUCUCCGUGGACCUACACGACAUCCCGGGAGGUGAGGAGGCGUUCGAGCUAUGUGCUAAGUUCUGUUAUGGGAUCACAAUCAGCCUCAGUGCACACAACUUUGUGCCAGCCCUCUGUGCUGCUAGUUUCCUGCGUAUGACCGAGAAAUUCGAACACGGGAACUUCAUUGCAAAGCUGGAGGCCUUCUUCUCGUCGUGCAUCCUCCAAGCGUGGAAGGACACUCUCAUCGCACUACAGAACGCUGAGAGAUUGCACGAGUGGUGUGUGAAUCUUGGCAUUGUGAGACGUUGCGUUGAGUCCAUCGUUGACAAGAUUCUAACGCCUCCAACGAAGGUUAGGUGGUCUUACACGUAUACAAGGCCGGGAUACAUCAGGAAACGGCGCAAAUCAGUACCAAAGGACUGGUGGACAGAGGACUUAUCCUGCCUAGGCAUAAACAUGUUUAGCAGCAUAGUCACAACCGUCUCUUCAACCAGCAUGCUGCAGCCGCAGCUCAUUGGCGAGGCAUUGCACGUCUACGCGCACUGCUGGCUGCUCAACUCCUCCCGUGAAUCUCCCAACAGAAAACGGAAAAUCCUUGAGACGAUUGUGAAGCUCAUUCCAGCGGAGAAAGGGUCUGUCUCGGUCAAAUUCCUGCUGAGGCUCCUCAGCACCGCGAACACGCUUGGAGCGUCUCCAGUGUCGAAAGCAGAGCUCCUGAGGCUGUCCGGGCUGCAGCUACACGAGGCCACGCUUCCGGACUUGCUGCUUCCUAAUGCAGGAACCUCACACGAGGUUGAUCUGGUUAAGACGGUUGCAUGGAGCUUCUUGAGGCAGUGGAAACGUCGCAGCUCAGCAGGCGAAAGGGAGUCGCUGCGAGAGAUGCAUAAGGUGGGGAAGCUCAUUGAUUCUUACCUGCAAGUAGUUGCAAAGGAUGCAAGAAUGCCAGCUCAUAAAAUGGUGGCUCUGAUUGAAACUCUUCCAGCAACAGCAAGGCCUCAACAUGACCAUCUUUACAAAGCAAUCAACAUCUAUCUCAAGGCACAUCCUGAUGUGAGCAAAGCAAAUAAGAAACACCUCUGCAGCUUCUUAGACUGCCAAAAACUGUCACCAGAAGUGCGAUCUCAUGCUAGCAAGAACGAGCGGCUGCCACUAAGAACGGUCGUGCAAGUCCUCUUCUUCGAGCAGGAGAAAAGCAACACCACGGCUUCGAAGGUAAGUAGCACUGCAGCGGAGGAGCAAGGCAAUGGUACCAGGCCUAAAGCGCCCGGAACAAACGGAGCGCAGCUCAGCAAAGAGUUGAGUUUUAAGGUGAAGGUGGAGACGGAGAAGGAGAAGAAGAGGGAGGUUGCGGGAGACGCUGCACCGCAGCUAAAUCCUCAUAGCAAAGCUCAAAUGAGAAGUUUAUCGAAGAUGACAUACAUUAAACGUUGAAGAAAGAUAGAUCACAAGAUUUUCUGUUAAUUGAGUUGUUGUAGUGAGAUUGUGAACAUAUCCUCUGCUAAUGAAGAGGCAAGACAAAAAAUAUAUACUCCAAGUAUAAAGUUGUUGCAUCAUACUAUGUAGAAAGAAAUUUAGUUACUA